AUGAAUCAGAUAGAUUAUCAUAACUUUCAUAACCAACUAGGGGAUCUUAAAAGUUUACUUAGAAUUAAUCAUUAAUGGUGAUGUCUAGGUAUUUAUAAUUUUGAGAAUAGACUUUGUGACAAUCAUUUUGAUAGAGAAUAUACAUGAGAAACCUUGGAUUUCUUUAGGAAUAUUCCGUAAUGAGUACUGAUAUUAAUGUUAUUAAGUUUAGUCAGAUGAUUAAGUACGAACACUCAGAUGCUGGACUGUCGUACACGAAUAUAAAAAUUAAGACGUUACGAACAUUUUAAGAGUUAUGGGAGAAGAAUGAAGAGAUACACAAUAAGAGUGAAUAACAUUAAGGCAUUAGAGAGUUUAGAGAGUUCAAAGAUAUUUCUGAAGAAGAUGUGAUUGUUACUAUUGAAUAUUGGUAACAGAGUAAAUUAAUUGCAGUACUAAUUGUAAUGAACACAUGGGAUCUAUAAUACAAUAUGAAGCACAUUAUCUAUCAUAUGCCUAAGCCCUAAAGAAUGAGAUUAUUUCACGAUUUCCAAUCGUUAAGUUGAUUCUUAAACUAUUAAUAUACGAUCAUUAUGAUCAUAGUAUAGAUACAAUGUUUUUAUAGCGUAGAUUAGGUAUUCUUAUUAUAAAAUUGAUUAUUAAGAAGUUUUGAAGUGCAAGUAAUGUCUAAAUAGAAAGGAUAAAUAAAAUAAGCAGUAAUUGGAUCUAAAUUUAGUACUAAAGCAAGGCCAUAGACUUAAGUCAUUAUAAAUAAAUUACCUUAACAUUUUAAGAAGGUUUCCUUCAAUAUAGAUUUGAAAUUUGUUGAUUCUGAUGAGAAAUUAAAAAAUAUUGAUGUCAUAAUAUAACCUUAUAGACCUGUUAAUCAAAAUCUUAAAGCAGUAUGUGUAAAAUUGAACCAAUUAUUAUUGAAUAUAGUAAUAUCUAGGUCCAAUAACAUGUAAAGACCUUAAAGUGCAAAGACAUGACCAAAAUCUGCUUAUUCUAAUACUUUAGGAUAAUCAUAAAGACGUAUAAAAGAACCAGAAGAGAAUUCUACACAUAAAAUAGAAAGAACAAAUUAAAAAGGUAGAAUCUCUUUAAAAAAUGUUUCUUUAGAUGUUUAUGAAGUUAUUAUAGAAGAAACUAAUGACUUUUUGAGC